GCCCGCCGCCCCCGCCCCGCCGCCCCCCGCCGCUCCGGGCAUCCUCAUCGGCGACCGGCUCUACUCCGAGGUGUCGCUGACCAUCGACCACUCGCUGAUCCCCGAGGAGCGGCUCUCGCCCACCCCUUCCAUGCAGGACGGGCUGGACCUGCAGUGCGAGACCGACCUGCGCAUCCUGGGCUGCGAGCUCAUCCAGGCGGCCGGCAUCCUGCUGCGGCUGCCGCAGGUGGCCAUGGCGACGGGGCAGGUGCUGUUCCAUCGGUUCUUCUACUCCAAGUCCUUCGUCAAACACAGCUUCGAGAUUGUUGCUAUGGCCUGCAUCAAUCUCGCCUCCAAAAUCGAAGAGGCGCCUCGUCGGAUAAGGGACGUGAUCAACGUGUUCCAUCACUUGCGGCAGUUAAGAGCAAAAAGGACUCCAAGCCCCCUGAUACUUGAUCAGAACUACAUAAACACCAAAAAUCAAGUAAUCAAAGCAGAAAGGAGGGUACUGAAGGAGUUGGGAUUUUGUGUUCAUGUCAAGCAUCCUCAUAAGAUCAUUGUUAUGUAUUUACAAGUCCUAGAAUGUGAACGUAAUCAAACCCUGGUACAGACAGCCUGGAAUUACAUGAACGACAGCCUCCGGACGAACGUGUUUGUUCGCUUCCAGCCGGAGACCAUCGCGUGUGCGUGCAUUUACCUCGCUGCUAGAGCCCUGCAGAUCCCACUGCCUACCCGUCCCCACUGGUUCCUGCUCUUUGGCACCACAGAAGAGGAGAUACAGGAGAUCUGCUUAACAACUCUGAAGCUUUAUACCAGAAAGAAGCCCAAUUACGAGUUUCUGGAUAAAGAAGUAGAAAAGAGGAAAAUGGCACUGCAGGAGGCAAAACUGAAGGCAAAAGGUUUAAAUCCAGAUGGAACUCCAGCACUCUCAACACUGGGUGGCUUUUCUCCUGCAUCCAAACCAUCUUCCCCAAGAGAAGUAAAAGCUGAGGAGAAAUCUCCAGUGUCUGUGAAUACCAAAACCAUUAAGAAAGAGCCUGAAGAGAGGCAGCAAACCUCAAAGAGCCCUUACAAUGGGCUGCGCAAGGAGAGCAAGAGGAGCCGCAGCAGCAGAAGCGCCUCCCGCUCCCGCUCCCGGACAAAGUCCCGCUCCCGCUCGCACAGCCCCCGCAGGCACUACAACAACCGGCGGAGCCUGUCUGGCACCUACAGCUCCCGCUCGCGCAGCCGCUCGCGCAGCCACAGCGGGAGCCCCCGGCGGCACCACAACCACGGCUCGCCCCACGCCAAGGCCAAGCACGGCCGCGAGGAGCUCAAGGGCGCCAGCAGACACGGCCACAAGCGGAAAAAGUCCCGCUCCCGCUCGCAGAGCAAAUCCCGGGAGCACUCGGAGGCGGCCAAGAAGCACCGGCACGAGCGCGGCCACCACCGGGAGCGGCGCGAGCGCUCGCGCUCCUUCGAGCGCUCACACAAGGCCGGGAAGCACCACAGCAGCGGCCGCUCGGGGCAUGGCCGGCACCGCCGCUGAGCCCGGCUCUUCCGCUGAGCCCGGCUCUUCCGCUGAGCCCGGCUCGUCCGCUGAGCCCGGCCCCGCCGCUGAGCCCGGCUCUUCCGCUGAGCCCGGC